AUGGGGUCUCUCUCCAGUCUGGUCGUCAAGUCUGCCAUCGCAAUACUGGCCCUGGCCCUGGCAUAUGCCCCCCUGGCAGACCGCGCGCGCGUCCUGUCGCUUCUGGUGCAAAAUGCACCGGACAAACUGACUGAGGUCAAGAACCUUGGUGACUACACGAUCAAGUUCUCUGACCGACUGCGGAAUUGCGAAGAUGCCCUCCUGGUCGAAGAAGACCGCGUGGCGAUUCUCAGCUGCGACCCUGGACGAGACUUUUGGAACACGGUGAUGGGCACUUUCGCGCCUGACCUGAGUAUUGUGCCCACCGGCGAGCUCGUGCUAUAUCGGUACGACUCGGCCAAAUAUUCGGACACCGACGCGCUGGUUUCCAUUGAGCUCCGCGACUUUGAGGGGAUCCAAGGAUUCCACCCGCUCGGGAUUGAGUAUCACAGGCCGAGCUCUUCGUUGUUUGUCUGUAAUCAUCACUACGAGGGCUCUCGCGUCGAAGUGUUUACACUCGAUCUCGACACGCCCAAGCCAGUGGCAAGGCACCAGAGAACCAUUAUCAGCCCGCUCAUCAAAGCGCCCAACGCGAUCGCUGCCCUGAAUGAGCACGAGCUUUACAUCACCAAUGAUCACUAUUUCCUCCAAAAGAACAAUGCGUUCUUAAGCCACCUGGAGACGUAUGCUCAGCUUCCUCUCGGCUCGGUGGCCUAUGUAAAUCUAGCGAUAGAGGGCCACCCUGCUGAGGUGCGCUCCGUUGCUCGCUCUCCGUUCACAAACGGCGUCGCUUUGCUAAACGGGUCAGCCCUGGCUGUCUCAUCCUCUAGCACGACCAAGGUGUAUCUCUACGAUAUCCUUCCCGACCGAUCACUGCUAAAAACCGGGGAUAUCACUCUGCCUUUCAUGCCUGAUAAUGUUUCUGUAGAUAAGAAGGGCAGUCUGUUGAUUACCGGCCACCCCCAUCCCCCGACUUUGGACAAACUCAGAAAGGAUCGCUUCGAGUGUCUUAUGGACAGUAGUCGCCAGAACGAAGAUUGCUAUGAGGGCACUACCCCCAGUGGGAUGGCUGCAUGGUCUGCCGACGACGGAUUGAAAAUUCUACACCUGACCAAAGGCGGAUUUUCGACGAGCUGCACGGCCGUGAGAGAUACAGAGUAUAAUUUCGGCUUCAUGACUGGUCUUUAUGAGAAAGGUAUCCUGGUUUGGAAAGCGUAA